CCACCCACCCAAAAUUUUCCUCCAUUUUUCAUUAUUGCUUUCAUUUCUUCCCAAUUACCUUUCCUUAGAACACACACCCCACACCCACAGAAGAACCGAAGAAGAUGGGUAUACCAAGAAACACUGGAGGAGGUGUAGAUAUGCUAAGUGAAAGAGCAAAAAUGAUGAGAGAUGCAGUGGAGAAGAGUCAGUCCAUUACCGACAAUGUGGUCAACAUCUUGGGUUCCUUUGAUCACCGUCUUUCUGCUCUUGACACUGCUAUGCGUCCCACUCAGAUAAGGACUCAUGCUAUUAGGAAGGCUCAUGGAAAUAUUGAUAAGACUUUAAAGGCUGCUGAGGUUAUAUUGUCCCAAUUUGAUAUUUCUCGUCAGGCUGAAGUUAAAAUACUUAAAGGGCCACAUGAGGACCUAGAAAGUUAUCUUCAAGCAAUUGAACAGCUGAGAAACAAUAUUCGCUUCUUCAGCAACAACAAGAGCUUCAAGAGUAGUGAUGGAGUGCUCAAUCAUGCUAAUAGUUUGCUAGCCAAGGCUAUCUCAAAGCUCGAAGAGGAGUUUAAGCAGCUCUUGUUAUCUUAUAGUAAACCUGUUGAACCUGAUCGGCUGUUUGAGUGUCUCCCAAAUUCAAUGCGACCAUCGUCUGGAUCACCUGGACACCAGGAGUCUAGUGGUAAGAACCGUCUGUCCAAUAGCAUUGCUGAGCAAAAUGGUGCAGAAAAUGCUGUCUUCACACCGCCAACUCUUAUACCUCCAAGGAUCCUGCCUUUACUGCAUGAUUUAGCCCAACAGAUGGUUCAAGCUGGUCACCAACAGCAAUUUGUAAAAAUAUACAGGUAAAUAUCCAUUUCUAGCCAUGAACUA